GCGUUAAAAGUCCGCUUCCGUUUUAAGGGUCCGGUCUAUAUCAGAGAGCUGAAUCGAUCAACAGUCGGAUGUAGUCGGUUUAUGUUCGGGACACAGCUCUUCCGUUCUCAUCUUUGCAUAUUGUAAAGGAAUCUACGUAAACUCCUCUAUUUAACUGACUUGAUGCAGCAAUUGGCAAAAAUCCAAUCGAUUUACAUGUAAAUUAUAAUGAAAGAAACGAUUAUUUCGGUCCGGUCCAAACUGGAAUCGCCCCAACACGAUUCGAUGGUUAUGGCCGCUUCCUCUAGCCACUCGUCCUAAACUGGAAGUUAUACGGUCUUUGACAGAAAAAAAAAUAUGUCUACAACUUCUGGGCAGCUGAAAGAAUGGAUGAGCUUGGAAGGUUAUAUGCAGCCUUUGGAUCACGGAGGACUUGGAAGACUCAGAGAAAACAAAGCCAGUACUUAUUGGUUUGCAGUUAAGGAUUCAAGCUUGCUUUGUUAUGAGUACAAAAAAUCUGCUCCCGUCAUUUCUAAACCUAUCAGUUCAAUAGACAUAUGUACCUCCACUCUUGAGGUGUUUAUAGGCUUAACCAGUAAAGACAACCAUCAAUUUCUUCUGACCCCUGGUGACGAUGUAAACCUAACAGACUGGUUGGCGAAUCUCAAGGAGAAAACUGCAUUUGCCGAUAAACUUGAUGCAAAGUUGUCAUUCCAAAGAAGUCAAGCUCCUGCUACUCAUGGCUUUAUGAAUAAGGUGCGAAAUAGCCUACGCCGGAAGAAGAGGAACCCUCGUUCCCAGUCCUUUGAUUCAUCACAAGACAGCACUUCAGAUUCCUCGAGCCAGUCUUUUCCCGUCCAGAGCUCCAAACCUGCAACAGGACGGGAGCGCUUAGAAAACCGGUUUGACCGGUCCCUGACGUUAGGUAGUGAAGACGCUGACCAUGUCAGCAGCUUGUCGCCUGUUCCUGAGAAACAGACGUCACAGACACAGACACAGAAGAUUACCAUGGCUGAUAAGGCGUGCGACACUAUGGGACUGGAAUGGGAGAUGCCUGACAUCAAUGAAGUCUUGAAGACUGGAGUGAGACAGGGUUUCACUUGCGCGGAGACUGAGUCUGGGCUAAGACGGGAUGAUCGCGAUUAUUUAAAGACUGGUUUGGGACAGUCAUGUAAACUCGCAAAACCUGGAUCCCGACAUGACAAAACUAAAUUGGAAAGUAUUAAAAGAGAGACUGGAUCGAGACAUGGUAGCGAUCGUGUAGAGAAUGUGCAAAGUUUAGCUGAAAAUAUUAUUGCCGGAGACUUCGUUGAAUCUGGUCACAUCAAAGAAAGCAGUAUCGAUGGUUUCGUCGAAUUAAAAAGAGAAGCCGAAGCCCUGGCAUGGCACCAACAUCCCGAAGAUGUCUCCGUGACUUGCUGUUCGCGAGUGGACGGGGCUGCAUUAAGUAGAGCUAAAAGAGAUUUGUCUGACGAUACCCUUGAUAUGCGGUAUCCCUGUGUCCAAGCUGUCGAUGACGAUCAGUCUCCCUUACCAAGUAAUAUUGUCAGCCUUCCCACCUCACGUGGUACUCCUAUUGAGUCACGUGUCAUAGAGGCUCCUCAAGGGCGAGCCAAUCAGAGUAUAGAACUCGACACAACACAGAGAAAUCCAAUUGAAAGUAUUGAGGAGAAAAUUACGGGAAUUGCGUUACGAGAAGACGAAGUUCAAGUAAAAACACCCCGCUUACAACAUGGAAAAAUUCUAUCACAAGACAGCCCUAAAGAAAGAUCAGAGUCACACAAUGCCUGCCAAGGAGUAGUUCAGUCAACAUGCUCCAGUUUUGCCAAGUCACGCAACACGCCUGAUAACCCAAUCGAGUCCCAAGAUUUUAGUAACGCAAGGUAUGAGUCACGUGACAUAAGCCCCAUGUCUGCCGCUUCUCUUGUUGACGAUGAUGGCAAAGCUGGCAGUGCUAGUCCCGAGAGGGAGAGGGACAGUACAGGGUUGGCGCCGAAGGAGAGAUGGAGUGAAAAUGGUAGUUCUAUCAAGCUGCAAUCCCAUUUCUUAACACGGGAUCUUGAGAGUAUGAAAGAAGCGCUGACGUUGCAGCAACAGAAAAUUAUUCGAGAGCUUGAAGUGGAAGUGAGCAGACUAAAGUGUGAAGUCAUUAGUCUUAUUCAAGGAAGCAUUCAAAUACCUCUCAAAGAUGAUGACCUUGCGGAUUGGCACUAUGUUGAGGAGAUUAGGUACAAGGACAGGAUCUUCGAGCUGUUGCGAGAAGCACGUCUCUGUAAUCCCCGUCUUCCAAACUUUGACAGCAGUAAGUCAGGAAGCUUCAGGGAUGGCUAUGGGUUUCUUCACGGAAGUCGUGAGAGCGAAAGCGUGGUUUUCCAUUACGUCUGUAGAGAGCUUACCCAACACUAUUCAACGUACUUCCAGAAUAACACCGGCCAGGUGCAGUUCUUCCAAGAAUACAUCGAGUCCAAGAAACGCGGUGGCAACAGGGUGCUCUACAAGGAGAAGGAGCUCAAAACCCUGUUUAGGGAGGGCAUCCCCACCUCAUGUAGACGAGCUGUGUGGCUCAGCCUCACGUAUGAGAAGGUGGAAAGUUUAAUGAAAGCCAAGGCCCCGAAUUUCUAUCAGAGAUUGGCGAGCAAGAUCACCAAACGCAUGCAUACAAUCAAGGAGGAGAUGAGCGACGUUGAGCGACAAAUCAAGUGCGACCUUUUGAGAACGAUGCCGACUAAUGAGAACUUCAAGAGUCUGGACUCUCCUAUGGUGAAGUGCCUAUCGAGGAUUCUCCACUGCUUCGCUGAUUACAUGCCUGAGAUCGGCUACUUGCAGGGCAUGAACUUUCUGGUUGGCCUGUUCUUGCUGUUUAUGGGUGAGGAAGAAGCUUUUUGGUCGCUGGUGGCCGUGGUCCAGGUCUACCUAAAGGGAUACUUUGACGAAUUCCUUAUCGGCGCUCAAGCCGAUCAGGAAGUUUUGAAAGAGCUUGUCUGUGAGAAGCUCCCAGCGUUGCACGCUCAUUUCAAGUACUAUGGAGUAGAUUUGUCGACAGUGACCUUUAACUGGCUUAUUACUAUCUACCUAGACGCUGUACCUUUUGAGACCGGUUUGCGAAUUUGGGAUUGCUUCCUCUACGAAGGACGAGAGGUGCUGUUUCGAGUUGCUAUUGGCUUACUCAAGCUGCAGCAGCGGGCUCUACUGCAGUUGUCCGGCCCGCUAGAGAUUAUGCAAUACAUGAAGCGGGCUGCCAGGGUUACAUAUGAUGUGGAUCGCUUAUUCAAGGCAUCAUUCGACGAAAUCUCGACAUUUCCAUCGAAUGCUGAUCUAGAUGUUAUGCAAAGCAAACACCGCUCUGAUAUCGAACAGAGGCUUGAUGGAAUGUCGAUAUCUUCUCGCGAAAGAAAGCGUUCUCGAGUUGACUCGUUCACGGUAGAGAUUCCCAGUCCGGGCAAACAAGAGAAGCUUCUGGAUCAAUACCAGAUCGUGGAGUGUGCAGUGGCUACAAGCAAAGACCUCUCCAGGCCCGUGGGUAUCCUGUGUAGCAGUAGAGGUGGCGCCCGACUCUACCUGCUCGACAUCAACAAGAAAGAAAUGAGUACACUUGAUGCAGGGAUCACUUCCCGUGUCCUGUGUGCAGAGGUGCUGGAGGAUGGAACGCUACUCGUUGGUACGAUCGCUUGGUUCGUCCACGCCUUCAACAUUGAUGCAAGAGAAGAACUCUGGUCCGUACAACUCCGCGACUCCGUGAUCGACCUCACGCAUUAUUACAAUGACGAGGAUGACAAUAGGGUGUACGCCGCACUGGCGGAUGGGUCGAUAGCUGUACUUCCGAAUGCUCAUGCCGGUGGCUCACCCUCGAUGGGCUCACAUGUGCGUAUUGGAAGCGCUCCCGUGACAUGCGUUGCGUACGUCAGCGGUAAAGUCUGGUGCGGGUGCGGAAAUAACGUGGUGGUGCUUGAUGCGAGUUCCCUGGAGGAGCUCCACUCCGCUGUUAUGUCGCCGUCACCACGUCAUCAGGUCGGUCGUCUGCUCGCAGGGGAUCAUGGGGUUUGGUGCACUAUACGCGGGUCGUCCUGGGUGCUACUUAUCAAUUCUGUGUCAUACGAAAUUCUUCUAAAAGUGGACGUGUCUCUGGACACAGACGCCAGUCAGCCCCUGGUAACAGUAUCGCCGUUUCAAGAGACGCGCGUUACCACGGUGAUGGCGUUUGGGGAGGAGCUCUGGGUGGGGCUUGGUAAUGGUCAGGUGAUCAUCUUUGACGUCAUCGAGAAUAAGCAGUACCACGAGGAAAGCUUCGUGCUUCUCAAACCUGAAUGUGGAACAGCACCAGAGCCACAAGAUGUUGUCGAACGUGUUUCGGACACUUGCACAGAACGUGUCCGGGACAGAUCCGAGAGCUGUGAUACAGUCAGCAUAGAAUGUAAGCUUGCUCUACAAAGGAGGAUUUUGUAUCGAGUCAGCGAGGACGCCAUCAGAUCCCUCGUUAUCCUCAGGGAAUCGGAGCCUCUAGUUCUCAGUUGUGCUGGCCAAUUAAGUGCCGAGGGUGGCUUGUCGCUAUGGCAACAGCAAACGGAACUCGACUCGUGUGAAUGGAUUAACUGCCCCGUGCGGCACAAGAUCCGACCGCAGACAACCAAGGGCUCAUCAUCGUUGAGUUCUUUCUCAGAAACCAUUGAUUGAGGCGACACAAAGUCUGACCCGAGCCAAACAAGGACUCAUCAGUAAUGAAUCUUUCUCAUUAGAAUUAUUUGCUUGAGGCGACACAAGACCAGGCCAGAGCCAAGAAAGAUCACAUCAGUGUUGAGCCCUUUCUCAAAAACCUUUUAUUAAGGCGGAACAAGACCCAACCAGGAGCCAACCAAAUGCUCAUCAUUGUUUAGUCCUUUCUUAUCGGAAAACUUUCCUUGAGGCGGAACAAGAUCCAGCAAGGGCAUAUCAAUGUUGAGUCCUUUUUCAACAGAAUGCUUUGCUUAAUAUAUUUACAGUGCAACGCGCGCUAGCUUGACCACCUCGACAGGUAAAGUACACCGAUAAAAACAAGCUAACAUUUGAUUGAUAUAUGAAGCCAACAAGCUAGGCAAAACGUCGCUUGAGUAUACAAUCAGCAC